AGCGGAGGGCCGGGCGGCCAUGGGGCUGCUGGCCCAGGGGUCGCCGCUCAGCUGGGAGGACACCAAGCGCCACGCCGACCACGUGCGGCGGCACGGGAUCCUGCAGUUCCUGCACAUCUACCACGCCGUGAAGGACCGGCACAAGGACGUGCUCAAGUGGGGCGACGAGGUGGAAUACAUGUUGGUAUCUUUUGAUCAUGAAAACAAAAAAGUGCAGUUGGUCCUGUCUGGAGAAGAUGUGCUUGAAACUCUGCAAGAGAAAGGGGAAAGGACAAACCCCAACCACCCUACCCUCUGGCGGCCGGAGUACGGUAGCUACAUGAUCGAGGGGACUCCGGGACAGCCCUACGGGGGGACCAUGUCUGAGUUCAACACAGUCCAGGACAACAUGCGGAAGCGGCGGCAGGAAGCCACUUCAGUGCUGGGGGAGAACCAGGCCUUGUGCACAAUCACGUCCUUCCCCAGGUUAGCUCCAUGCCAGCGUGUCCUGGCAGCCGUGCUGGGGAGCCAGCCACUGAAGACCAGUAACUAUAGGAUCAGUAAGUCGCGGUACGAUUCCAUAGACAGCUACUUGUCCAAGUGUGGGGAGAAGUACAACGACAUCGACCUGACCAUAGACAAGGAGAUCUACGAGCAGCUCCUCAAGGAAGGCAUCGAUCACCUCCUGGCCCAGCACGUUGCCCACCUCUUCAUCAGAGACCCGCUGACCCUGUUUGAGGAGAAGAUACACAUGGACGAUGCCAACGAGUCCGACCACUUCGAGAAUAUUCAGUCCACAAACUGGCAGACGAUGAGAUUUAAGCCUCCUCCUCCAAACUCGGAUAUCGGCUGGAGAGUGGAAUUCCGGCCCAUGGAGGUGCAGUUAACAGACUUUGAGAACUCAGCUUAUGUGGUGUUUGUGGUGCUGCUCACCAGGGUGAUCCUGUCUUACAAGCUGGACUUCCUCAUUCCUCUGUCCAAGGUUGACGAAAACAUGAAAACAGCGCAGAGGCGAGAUGCCGUCUUACAGGGCAUGUUUUAUUUCCGGAAAGACAUUUGCAAAGGCGGCCACGCCGUGGUGGACGGCUGUGGCAAGGCACAGAGCAGCGCGGAGCUGGCGGCAGAGGAGUACGGCCUCAUGAGCAUCGACACCAUCAUCAACGGGAAGGAAGGCGUGUUCCCCGGCCUCAUCCCCAUCCUCAACUCCUACCUGGAGAACAUGGAAGUGGACGUGGACACCAGAUGUAGCAUUCUCAACUACCUAAAGCUAAUCAAGAAGAGAGCGUCGGGACAACUGAUGACUGUCGCCCGAUGGAUGAGAGAGUUCAUCGCAAACCAUCCUGACUACAAGCAGGACAGCGUGGUAACGGACGCCAUGAACUACAGUCUCCUCAUGAAAUGUAACCAAAUUGCCAACGAACAGUGUGAAUGCCCAGAGCUGCUGGGCUCAGCUUUCAGGAGGAGAGCGAAGGACGACACAAGUAAAGCCGACUCCGACCCCUCCAAGUAGCCCUCUGCGGGAGAGCCGCGCCUUCGGGGCCGGAGGCCAAGUGCCCUUGUGAGGCUCGGCCUGCAUUCAGGGGUUGAAGACCAAACAAGAGCCCUGCUGUGUUGCCUGGCCUGGCCCCGUGGGCCAGAGGCCUCCUUCAGUAGGCAUGUAGUUUCUACGUGUACGUGUAUAUAGUAAAGUAUUUUUAUGAUUAACGAUGUAUUUUAAUAACCCUGUCUCGGAAGUCAUUGGGGACCGACCUGUACGUUUGGAUCUCGUGCUCGGGAGGCGCUCUGUCACCGCAGCUUUGUCAGCGUCCUGUGUGCUAACCGUGCAGUGCUGGCAUUCCCGAGUUGAAAGUGUUUACUGUAAAAGUUCCUUCGGAGACUACCUGCAUCUGAUUCGCUGAAUGUAUCGCUUUAACUCAGUAACACUUCCUGUUAGUAUCGCUUUUUCUUGGUAACACUUCCUCCUGUUAGUUUAUGUUGAAGACAUACAGUCCUGAGGUACCCGGCCGCUCUUCUGGGGUAACCUUGGAUUCCUGGCCUCUCUGGCACGGUUUUCUUGGCCAUGGACUAGCUGGCCUCUUGGUCACCCUGCCCAGGCUUUGACCCAUGAAGAAAAACCCACUUCACUCUGGCCACCAUACAAGCAACUUUGCUUCUUUCUUUAAAUGUGCUGAUUCACUUUACUGUGUCUGACUCUGUAGGAAGGAAAGAGAAUCUUAACCCAGAGUUGCAGGGAGGGGCCGAUUUUGUUUUAGUUUUGCUUUUCACCAAAAAAGGCGGGGAGAUCACUGAGACCUGCUCACAGCGGCCUGGGCGGGGAGAUCACAGACCGCUGUGAGCGCGGCCUGGGCUCUGCUCUGUGGCCCGUUCUGGUUGCUGCUGUGUAAUUACAAUUUCAAAUCCCAUGCAGCGGCCGCAGUUGGGCUGCGUUACUCAUUCGAGCUCCCAGAAAGCGCACCGCCCAACCAGCAUGUAAGAGCUGCUGGCUCCAGACUUCUCUGGAAACACAUGCUCUCUGCUUACCUUCGUGAAACUCGCCAGAAAUCAUGAAAUGCACUAAGUUUUGUGAAUCAGGACCCUAAAUGUUUCACUGUAAAUAAUUUCGGUUCCAGAUAAUCCUUACAGCUUUGUGUUGAUGUUUUGGUUUGUUAUUUUUAGUUAAAUGUCCUAACUGCUUCUGAAACAGCUGUGUUAUAGAUUAUGCAUAAAUAUUUAACUGUGAUGCUGAUUUUAACAGAUUGCAAUAAAGCUGCUGCAGCCACAUC